UUGACAGCAGAAAGGGGAAAUGUCAUUGUGCUUUUUUAGUGUAUGAAAGGAAUAAAAUUUGCAGGUGGAGCAAUUUAUACUAAAAUAGCACAAUUUAAUAAAUAAAACUCUGUACAGACAAAGCUUAACAUAAACAACGAAUUAAAAAUGGCUCAGAUGGAUAUGGAAUUAAAGAAGGCAUUUACCGAAAUGCAAAUUAACAAAAUCGAGACUACCAAAAAAAUGAACAUGAUCGAUAUGAAAUGCAGUAUGGUGAAAAAUGGGAAACAAAAAUAUGAACUAACCGAAAAGGGCACGAGCGAUCUGAAUGAUGACACAAGAGUCUACCUUUCCGUGGGACGCAUGUUUGUCCUAACCGAUGUAGAUCAUAUGCGUACUGAUCUCAAGAGUAAGCAGGAAAAGUGUGAUAAGGCCAUUGAGCUGCUCAACAAAAAGAAGGAAUUCUUAGUGAAGUCAUUGAAAGAUCAAGAGGAUGGCUUGCGCGAAUUGGUGCAGCAACGCAAGGAAGCUGAUGCAGCGUCAAAGUGAAUAAAUGUUUAAAUUAAGAUCGCCUAGUUUAUCUGUAAAUUUUUGCAAGCACUUUUUCCCCCGAUAAUAUUUCUCACCGAUUGAAAAAUUUCAAUCAGUGUAUAAAUAAAUUAAAUUUAUUUUUAUUAAACUUA